CGAACGCAAGCGGUCAACGGUUUUGUGUUUUGUUUUGUUGUGUAUAGAAUUACAAGCUUAGAGCUGCAUUUUUCAAUGUUGCAUACCAUUGAUUUUAGGUAGCAGUUAACAAAUUCCAUAAGUGUGCGUACAUCUGUGGCUGUGGUUGUACGGUAUGCAUGUGCAUAGGUAAAGAGGUAUUAUACGGCCGGGCUUAUUGAUAAGGCAUCGAAACAUCGGCGUGUCCAGUCGCGUUCCACCCAAUUCGGGAUCCGGGCAUUUGUCGUCGUGUGGUGGCGGUGUAGUAUCAGCGCGUCGUUGCGACCAACCUCAAGUGCUUCUCGUUCGGUUCAAUUAGUUUCGGACGUUGGCUGUCCUAUCCGGAUCGUUUCGCACGCAAAAUGAUUCCAUCCCGUCGUUUGGGUUCCUGUGCAGCGUUGUUGCUGGUGCUGCAGCUGGCAGUGAUCGCAUUCCAGUCCGGCGGCGUUGCAGCAGAUGAGUCGACCGAACCGGGAACGAUCGAUUUAAACAGCAUCGAUAUCAACAAGCUAAAGGAUGAGGUGCUGGCCGACAUACUGCCGCCAGAGUUUAAGAACGUCACCCUGCCCAAGCUGGAGGAUAUACAGAAAAUCAUCAAAGACAAGUGUUCCCGUGUGGCCGGCAGCGAUGCAUCGUACGAGGAGGCGGAACAGGCGGCCCAAAAGUUUGGCGACUGCAUGAAGGACCUGGUCGACUUUAGCGAUCUGCAGGAAGAGAUCAAGAAGGCGAAACCAACCGGCGAUCUGGACACCGUGUUCAACAAGUACUGCCGGAGACGUUCCGCUGCUAUCGAGUGUAUCGAUACAUUCUCUGCCAAGGUGGACGUUUGCUUGGAAAAUGACGAAAAGGAGAGCAAGGUGGUGAUGGUGAACAUUGUGCAUGGGUUGUUAAAUUUUGUCUGCCACAAGGAUGGCGAUCAGAUUGCACUGUUCAUCGCCGAGGAAGGCCCGGAGUGCUUUGCCGAUCAGAAGGACGCUCUGAUUGACUGUGUCAAUGGUACGAUGUCGGGGUAUCUGAGGGAUGACUCUGCACCCGCCGCCUCCGAAGGGCUGCCGAAGCUGGUGAUGGGCAAAAAGCAAUGCGAUGAGAUGAGCUCGCUGCAGGAUUGCAUGGUGCAAGCAUUGGAAGGCUGCAAGGAAUCGACACCGGCCAAUUUGGUCGAAUCGCUGUUCAAGUUCGUGCGCCGAGAAACGCCCUGUGCCAACAUUACGGGUGAAGCGACCCCCCGGAAACAUGCACGCAAUGUCGGUGAGCUUACGACGGCUUCCCAUCAGGUUAUUACCUCCACGUUGCUAAUGGCGCUGGUAGCCAAACUGUUGAUCCGCUGGUAACCGCCGGUAAACGCCGACAUGCCGACAGCGAACAAACAAACAGUUCCUAAAUCGAAACUGACUGAUGAAACACCAUCAUUCCAAUGUGGCCGAAACCGCCGAAAUCAGGGUACUUUAGGGUAGGGAAAGGAAAAGUGUUUACAAUGCUUCAUAUUUGAAUUUUACAACAGUUAACAACAAUAAAACGUUCCCCCAACAGGA